AUGGAGAGUUCAGAUGACAAUUCUGAUUUUACUGAUGAUACACUUGAAGACAGCGAGGAAGAAGUUCUGAAAUAUUAUUUCUUUCGCGGAUUUACCUACGAAGAAAUUCUUUUGUUUCUGGCUAAACGGCAUCAUUGUACUAUAAGUUAUAGCACUCUUCUUCGGCGGUUGAAGAAAUAUGGUUUAAUGAGAAGAGGUGUAACAAACAAGGAUUCAUUUGAAAACACAUUUCUGCAAGUGCAGAGGCGCAUAGCGGAACUUAUUAACGGGCCUGGCUCAUCCAUAGGGUACCGUGCAAUAUGGCAUGCACUUGAACUAGAGGGGAUUCGUGUCCCUAGAGUAAUUGUUCAAGAUUUGUUAAAGGAAAUGGAUCCUGAAGGUGCGGAACUUCGGAAAAGACAUCGUCUAAAAAGACGAGCCUACCACAAUCCUGGCCCCAAUUAUUCAUGGCGUAUGGAUGGUUAUGAUAAACUUAAGUGUUGGGGUUUUCCAAUACACGGAGCGAUUGACGGCUACAGUCGAAGAAUUUUGUGGUUUCGUGUUACUCGUUACAACAACUCGCCAAAUCAAAUAGCUUCUUUCUAUGCUGGAGUUGUUUUAGAACAAGGUGGUUGUCCAGUACAAUUAGUGACCGAUUUGAGAACUGAAAAUGGAACUGCAGCCGCUUUACAGUCAUAUUUCCGUGAUAACUCCGAGGCUCAUCGAUACGUACCCUCUCCGUGA